CCCGUCCCCCGGCUCUGCAGCUAACCGCACUAGGAGCAGCCCCAGGCAGCGGCACGACGGUCCCCAACAUGUCUGCGGCCCUGAGACAAAGGUUCGACCGGUUCCUGCACGAGAAGAAUGGCAUGACCGACCUCUUAGCCAAGCUCGAGGCCAAGACCGGCGUGAACCGGAGCUACAUCGCGCUCGGUGUCAUCGGGCUGGUGGCCUUGUACCUGGUGUUUGGUUAUGGAGCCUCUCUCCUCUGCAACCUGAUAGGAUUUGGCUACCCAGCCUACAUCUCAAUUAAAGCCAUAGAGAGUCCCAACAAAGAAGAUGAUACUCAGUGGCUGACCUACUGGGUAGUGUAUGGUGUGUUUAGCAUCGCCGAAUUCUUCUCUGACAUCUUCCUGUCAUGGGUCCCCUUCUACUACAUGCUGAAGUGCGGCUUCCUGGUGUGGUGCAUGGCCCCGAGCCCCUCCAACGGGGCGGAACUGCUCUACAAGCGUGUCAUCCGUCCUAUCUUCCUGAAGCACGAGUCCCAGGUAGACCAUGUGGUGAAGGACUUGAAGGACAAAGCCAAAGAGACUGCAGAUACCAUCGCUAAAGAAGCCAAGAAAGCCGCCGUGAAUUUACUGGGUGAUGAAAAGAAGAGCACCUAAACCACCGAUGGGAUGAAACCUUCCUGCCCUCUGUACCUUUCUAUUAGAGCUUGAUGUUGUGUUAGGGACUGUGGUAUAAUCAUUUUAAUGUUGCCUUGGAAACAUUUUUGAUAUAUUAAAAAAUGGAAUGUGUGUAAGUAUUUUUUGCUUACUUUUACUGUCUAUAUACAUAAGGAGCAUUUUAAUUUAAUGCAAUGGGCACUAUCCAAAUUUUUGGAAAAUAUAUUUUGCCUCUGGGUAGGGAAAGACGUGUUACCAUCCUACAGGAAAUAAUAAAUUUAAAAUUUUAUGUCCCUUGGGCUUUGUACUUCAGUGGGCUCUCUGCAUGCAUUUUCUCUGUAUUGUUUAAGGUUCUACUUUAUGUAAUGUACAAUUUUGUAUGAAAUGUUUUUAAUGUAUUUGUGCAUACAUAUAUGUAGGGAAAUGUACUGACUGUAACACAUGUAAUGCUCAUGGAGAGCACCUGCCAAAAGCUGAAGGUUCUGUUGUGCUGGUGUGAUCUCUAAAGAAUACUUCAGUGAAUUAACACAAAUGAGUGAUAAUUCAAAUGAUAAAUGUUAAGUGAUACAUGAGGUUGAAUGGAGGUCUGCCUGGUUGUUUUCCUAACAUUGUAGCAGCUGGAUAGUAGAACAGUUUUGUAAAGCAGUCAAUUUGCUGCUAAAGAAGGAAAUGUACACACCUCAGUAACCUAAACUCCCAGUUACCUGUACAACUAGUAAUACUGUCUUAUGGCCUUUUAAUUGUUUGUAAGCUUUAGAUUAGUCUGUUUUUGAGAUGCUAAAAUGGAAAUCAUCCCUGGUUUCACCUUCAAUGCUAACACAUUGGUUUAGUCUUGCUUCUUUCCCAGUCUUUUUUAAACCAGUUUAAGGACCCUCCAGGGACUUGCCCACCUCUGAUUACAUGUUAUGUUCUUGUUUAUAUCAUUAGCUAGCAAUACAUACUAAUAAUGACACCAGGCUCCAAGAGCAAUUCUGGGAGACUGAAAGGAAGUUUGGUAUAACCUGUAAUCUAGUUGGCAGUGGUUCAGUCUAACUGCCUUCACCUUCUUUCUCUGGUCUUUAAGGUCAAACACAAGAGGCCUCCCUGGUUUGCAGGUCAGAGUCAUUUGUAGUCUGUUAAAUGCCUUCAUCUUUAUGCUUUGUUUUUAUAAACUGCAUAUAACCACAUAGUUUAAGUACAGAACAAAAAGUUAAAAUCAGUGUCUCCAGUUUGAUUAGCCAAGUUGCUUACAGGGAUGGUGAGAGCUUGUCUGGACGAGGAAGACUGAGCUCUACACCAGCCAUACUGCUGGGACCUUCUGAAUUAGACUGAGCUGUCUGAGGAGUAUAAGGAAACUACCAAGCUCAAAUACCAAGCCUGGAAAAUAUUUUUAAGGCAAGUAAAGAUUAGUUCUCCUUUCAAUAACAAUUAGAUAAGAUCAUAAUGAUGUCUUAUGAUGUUAAAAAUAUUAAAGAUAUCAAAAAUAAGGGAUAGAUCACCUAAAUAUUAUAAUAUGGAUCAGGGCAUUUAUUUUUUUUCUGGGAAAAAUAAUGGUGAUCAUAAGGCAUCUUAUUAAACUUACCUUUAAAAACAGUUAGAAAGCAACAACUAUUAUCUGGAGAAAAUCAAGCCUUACAUUAAAAAAAAAAAUUCUAUUAGGAAUAUUUCAAUCUCUUCCCAUAAAGUAUGCUUUUCUUGGUGGCAAAAGAAUGAAAAUUAGUAUACAGAGUAUAUUUUCAGGCAAGAUAGGAGGCAUAAAAGUUACUAAUGCUCAUAACCACUUACAGGCUAAUAUCAGUUUAAAUACAUUCUGAAUGCAAACUUGUCUUGGUAACUUUCUCCUAUAGUGCAUUCUGGAAGAUAUUUGGUACUGUUUUGGGCAGUUAAAUUGUACGUUAAAGACAGAAGUUAUGAGUUGAACGAUUCUGUCUCAGCUUCAAUUUCCCAAGUAAUAUAUUGCCAUACUAGAGUAUUUGAAAAAACGAAUUGAGUUUAUGUCUAGCUAGAAGAUAAACAUUUAUUUGUACAUGAAUGGUAUUUUGGGGAUAUGUAAAGUUACAGAAUCCCUACAAUUCUUUCUCUACUUGAAAGGUUUCAGAUCAACAGUUACUGCUACUCAAGAGUCUUCUGCCCAGAGGGCUUGAAGAAAAUUAGCAUAGCCUUUAAAUAAGUUACCGCCUAUCCUGAAGAUGUGAUAUAUUGAAUGGAAAUGGAUGUAAAUAAAAUGCCAUUAUCUCACUGAA